UUCAUAUCUGCAGCCAUGUUUGUACUCGCCAAGGCUGCUUUCAAUGAUGGUAUGAGCAGUUUUGUUUUUGUCUUCUACAGGCAAGCCAUUGGAAGCAUUUUACUACUUCCUUUUGCCAUAAUAUUUGAAGGAAAGAAGGCAUCACGGCUUUCAGUUGUGACGUUAAGCAAGAUUUUUAUGCUCUCUUUAGUAGGAAUUACUGUACCAUUAAAUGCAAAUGGCUUAGCCCUUGUUUAUACUUCCCCAACUAUGGCUGCUGCAAUCACUAAUACCCUCCCUGUGAUCACAUUUUUUCUGGCACUUAUCCUCAGGAUGGAGAAGUUGAGGUUGAGGACAGUUGGUGGAGUAGCAAAAGCUGGAGGUAUAGUAUUCUGCCUCGGUGGGGUGGUGAUACUUGCCUUGUACAGAGGACCCUGUUUCAAACUCUUUCUUCGUCAUCCCCUGUUAAGUAGUAGUAGCCAAGAUCACACUCCAUAUUCCCAACAAUCAUGGUUAAAGGGUUGUGUUCUUAUGUUUGUUUGCCCCAUCUGUUGGGCUCUCUGGAUUGUUUUCCAGUUUUUGCUUAUCCAAUUUGAGACUAGUUCUUCCAAUUUCAAAAAUCACCCCUCCAACUCUUCAAUUGAUUUGGCAUAUCAUCAACUGAAACAUCUUUUAAGUAUUUUCUCAUUGUUUAUUAUUUGUAUUUGGGAAAAAGAUCAGACUCGAGUCUUGGAAGAGUAUCCUUCUAAGCUGGCCUUCACAAGCCUUCAAUGCAUUGUAAGUGCGAUUCAGUCAUUUCUGGUAGCUAUUGCAAUAGAAAGGAACCCUUCUCAAUGGAAGUUGGGCUGGAAACUAGGGUCUGCAGCCGUAGCUUAUAGUGGAACUAUAGUGACAGGAGUCGGGUAUUACAUACAAGCGUGGUUGCUUGAGAAGAAGGGGCCAGUGUUCCAAGCCAUGUGGACACCGGCGGGGUUGAUCUUAACAAUCUUCUGCUCCAUGUUUCUACUAGGGGAGACUGUCAGUUUAGGAAGUGUUGUUGGUGGGAUGUUGUUGGUGGCAAGUCUCUACAGCGUGCUUUGGGGAAAGAGCAAAGAACAAAAAGUAGCAGAGUUGAAGAAUGAGAGUGAAUUGAGCAUUGAAGCUCCCCCAAGCGCAACCUUUAGUAAGAAAACAAGCAGAGAUGCCGAUGAAGACUCCACCGGGAACUCUUGUUAA